AUGAGGCUUCUCAAUUGGUGGCCGGUGCUGCUGUGGGUGCUCGGGCUUCCUGCCCGCGGCCUGGAGGUGGCUGAGGAGAGUGGUCACGUGUGGCCUGAGGAGCAGCCUGUUCAUUCUCUCGAGGCAGGGGCUAUGUACCUGAGUGAGGAGGAGCCCCCGCAUGGCCCGAUGGGCCAGGAGAUGUUAGCUGAAGAGGCUGAUGCAGUGCUGGGACUGGACAGUGAUGGCGAUCACAUGGUGAUGUUGUCUGUGAUUCCUGGGGAAGCUGAGGAUAAACUGAGCUCAGAGCCCAGUGAUCGUACCUGUGGGGCUGGAGGUGCAGAAGACUCAAGGUGCAGUCUCAGAGAGAGCCUCUUUUCUCUGGAUAGUGCUGGAACAAACUUCCCAGAUAGAGAGGAGGAGUAUUACACAGAGCCAGAAGCGGCAGAGUCUGAUCAUGCUCCAACAGAGGAGGCCAAUAACACUGAAAGUCAGAAAUCCCCAAAGGUGAAUUGUGAGGAGAGAAAUGUGACGGAAUUCGAAAAUUUUACCUUGAAAAUAUUAAAUAUGUCACAGGACCUUAUGGAUUUUUUAAACCCAAAUGGUAGUGACUGCACGCUGGUCCUGUUUUAUACUCCAUGGUGCCGAUUUUCUGCCAGUUUGGCCCCUCAUUUUAAUUCUUUGCCCCGGGCAUUUCCAGCUCUUCAUUUUCUGGCAUUGGAUGCAUCUCAGCAUAGCAGCCUUUCUACUAGGUUUGGCACUGUAGCUGUUCCUAACAUUUUGUUAUUUCAAGGAGCUAAACCAAUGGCUAGAUUUAACCAUACAGACCGAACACUGGAAACUCUGAAAAUUUUCAUUUUUAAUCAGACAGGUAUAGAAGCCAAGAAAAAUGUUGUGGUAACUCAAGCUGACCAAAUAGGCCCUCUUCCCAGCACUUUGAUAAAAAGCGUGGACUGGUUGCUUGUAUUUUCCUUAUUCUUUUUAAUUAGUUUUAUUAUGUAUGCUACCAUUCGAACUGAGAGCAUUCGGUGGCUAAUUCCAGGACAAGAACAGGAACAUGCGGAAUAGUGAUGGACUAAAAGUAGAAGUUGGAAAGCAGAAUUUCAAUCCUCCGUUUCAGAAACUAAUGCUGCGAUUUCAUACACUUUCUUCAAUGAAGUGCUGACUUGCAAUAUCCUUCAGAUUAAAAGAAUCAUGCAUUUGUUGAA